AUGGCGGACAUUCUUGCGGUGCACACCGUGGGGUGGGGGGCGAUGAAGAACCACUGGUGGCAGUUUGUGAUGAUCGGAGUUUUGUUGGCCUGUAUUACUAUCGGAUCCGUGCAUAUGAUCUGGUCUGCUGUUUCGGCAGCCAUUAAAUAUUACAAGUCGAGACCAGUGUCAGAUACUGUACCCUCGAAUGUUUCUCAGAGCCUCGAAAGGUUCGCCAACCGACAGCUGAAUCUGAUUACGCAACCGGCCAAGCAUAAGCCGUCCUCGUUCGGGGUGUACCUGGGAAGCUUUGACCAGACCCCUUCCGCAUCGCAGCUUCGACUUUUGCAACAAUGGGAUGUUCUGGUCGUGGAUCCCUUCCAGAAUGGCGUCUCCGAGGCCGUUCUCUGCAACAGCCACAACCAGGUUCUCGGUCGAGUCGAUAUCUCGAAGGUUGUUUCUGUGAAGGAAUCUGCUCUGUCGGCCAUUGAAACCCUCGAAGAGAUUAUUGCCAACAACUUCAGUAACACCGGCUACUCUGGUAUCCUAUUCGCGAACUGGGAAGACCACUUCACCCCGGCCGUCCAAAAGAGCUUCUUCGAGGUGGUCAAGGGGCUUGGCUUGGAAGUCUUCCUGGAGACUGGAUCGCCUGUCUUCUUGAAAAACAGAAAGGCCCUUCAGACGAGUGCUGUUUCCGGAUUAGUCGUUCGGAAUAUCAGCAUCAUGCCCUCCGGCGAAAAGAGAGACUACUUCCAGAUGGCGAAGCUGCAAUCCACCAUCAAGGCUUUUGUGUCCGAGUCUUGCAUGAGAGACUUUGUAGUCCUAGCCUGGGAAACGGUCAAGGAUGACGUGGUUAUUUCGAACGCAGUGGUUCGCAGAUCCCUUCAGUGGUGCAACUUUUACAGCACUAUUGCGUGGAUUGGCUCCGAGGCCGCAUUGGAGGACGCCGACCUGAAUACCCCAACAAUCGAGCCACUUCCCGCUUUUGGUUGGUUGAAGGAUGCUGAUGUCAUGAAGACACAUGAUACUUGGCGCUCGAAUCUUCAAAUCUCACCAUUUGCUGAUACUCAGACCGGAUGGGGCACUCUUCGCGGUCUCUUCCCUGCUGUCAACGAGCUUCUCGAUUCGGAGGAAACCGAAACUACCUGCCCGCGCAGCCCAGGCGCCCGACUUCGAGAUCCGCCCGAGUGGGUUGCACAAGUCAAGUCGCAGGGUAGCCCACUGUCUAUCUCGAUGUCCGGUCAAGAGUACACGGCGCUGGGAUGUUUCCCCCUCGGAUCCGACUCGACGACGAUGGCGUUCGCUGAGAUUCUUCAGUCCCAACAGCGACUUAAGGGCCUAGGUCUUCUUCACCCUGUUCCGGCUUCGAAAAUUCAAAGUAUUGCGCUACUUCUUCGCAAAUUCCACGAGACAAUCGAUCUCUCUAGUGGAGACAACCAGCUCGCUAAUACAAUUAAGGAACUUGCGGACCAGGCUUCAAACGAAUCGCUGAAUGUGUAUCUCGCUCUGGACUCUGGCAUGCGAAAGACCUCUGAUGUCCGAUUUUGGUCCGUCUACCAGAUUGACAGCGAGACCGAGAAGACUGAGAUUUUCGUUUCGAAGAAUGCCCCCGGUCUCGCCGGAACCGUGCUGCACACCUUCCUCUCCUCGAAAGGGUUUUCUCGUCAUGUCUGUUUCGAAACCGAAGUUGCACUCGCGGCUUGGUCGGAGGACUUGAUGCCUAACGCCGGUCUCCCUCGACGUAUGACUCAGGAUAUUGAUGUUCUCAGCCCCGAAGAGAGGCUGCUACUCUUGCAGCACCUUUCUCUCACUGAUUCUCAGACCGACCUAUCAGAGACAAUUUGUGCAUAUAUUCGGAAGCAGCUUCUUGACACUCCAUCUUUCGCCCAGUUGAAGGAGCUUAACACAGUCGGCUACCUGGAAGGAUCAAUCUCUCCUGAGGAACUGAUCAAGUCCCGUAUCGACUGGUACAAAGAGCAAGAGUGCCCUCAUCCAUCUGUUGCCAGUUCUCUCAAUCUUUUCACCCAAGUCGACGAGACUUUCAACCGCAUCUUGAAGAACCACCAGGAGGAUGAGCUCGCAUGUAUCACUCAGGGACUCUGCGAGCUGACCCAAGAUGGCAACAUUGAUGCUUACAUUGACAUGAUGACACUUUCUCUGUUCUGCGCCGCGCGCAAAGGUGCCUUCGAUGAGAUCUACGCUGAGGUGACGGAUCGCAACCCACUGUUCAACCUUCACUCCGACCAGUCUGCAGCCUUUGCCGAGUCGUUUGCUCUCGGAUCUCGUUGUGAGGCAUACUUCGAUGUUGCACCCAGUGUCUUCGGCAAGCUCCUGUCCGAUCGUUUCAGAGCGUACUACAAGCUUCCACAGAACCAGCCCCCAGACUGGGUCAAUGGUGCGCCUGAGCUUGCGACGGCCUACGCUGGAGCCCAGAUCGAUGUCAACCCCGAUGACAAGUCAAAGCCGAUGCGUGGAUACCAGCGCUUCACUUUCCUCAGUGUCUUCGCUAUUCCCGCUUUGAUCGAUAUCAUCUUACUGACUAUCAUCGGGCGUGGUCUGUAUCUGUCUUCCAAUAUGACCCACGAAGAGCAAAACAGCGCAACCAUGGCUUUGAUGAUCUCGCUGCUGCUUUCUGGUGGUAUCGGUACUAUGAUCGCUUGCGGUGGUCCCUACUACCUCAUCUCGAUGGCCUUCGCUGCUGCGAACAUGUUUGUCCUGAUCCGCCUGAUUGCUGGUAUUGCCUUCACCGUGGCUGGUGGCUUGAUCGGCUUUGUCGCGAUUUCAGCCGUCAGAAGCCCGCGCGCUGGCAUUAUCUUCUACCUCUAUUUGAUUGCCCUGACCAUCUACUUCUCGACAUUUGCAUCCCUGGCUAGCUUCAGCUACCCCGGUUCGUCCUUCCUUUCGGGACGCAAGGCCAUCAUCACUUGCAUCCCAAUUCUUUUUUUGUCUCCCAUCAUUACCACCUUCGCUGGAAACGACUCCGCAAUUUAUCUGGCUGUCAUUUACAUCUUCAUCGGCGUGCUUCUGCUCUGCCUGCGCUCAACCACUUCCAAGUGGGUGACCUGGUACCAGUCUCUUCGACGAACUGAUGACACCGAGAUUCGGAAGUGGUAUAUCUCAGCCCAUGGGAACAAUGAUGAGAAGGUCUUUGCAAGCCUGAGUGACCCUGCAGCUCUGAAGCUGGCCAGAGAAUCCCUUCUGGAAGAUGUGUUGACCGAGAAGUCGCGAAGCGUAUUCUCCAAGUCCACCACUGACAAACUUGUCAAAGAGCUUGCUCGCGAUUGGGAGUCGACCAACUUCUUGCUCGACUGGUACUGCCGCUAUGCCGAUGUUUCGCGCCCAAUUCCGUUCAGCUCGGGCUGGAAUAUUCAGACAAAGGUUGCUCUGGACGUUUUGCGCAACUCCCAGAAGGGUCUUCGACUUCACAAUGCAUUUGUUCACUGGCGCCAGUCCAGUAAGGAAAUUGGAUGUGGUGUCCUGUACUUCGUCAUUGCUCUUCUUGACAAGUGGGUACAGCUGCUGAGUGGUGACCACCUGAUCGGUCUUCUUACUGCUUCUACUACUGAUGCAAAUCGCAUGGCUACUGGCUUUGCUCUGGCUUACUAUCUGAUCGGUGCUGUGCUUAUCGACACCAAGGCUCAAGAGCUUCACGAGGCGAUCGGAGGCAAGGCACCGACUGCCAUCACCGAGUCCAAGCACAUCCGCCCCACGCAGAAGGGAGAUGUCCAGUUCCGCCGAAAGGUCUACUGGAAAACGCUUUUCAAGUUCCUCCUGUGGCACGUAUGGAGUCUUGCUGUCUCUACUGCCCUCAUCUGGACAUUUCAGUCAUCGAUUGAGGCCAUGAUCGUUUUCUUCGCGUAUGUUCUCGCAUACACCGGUCUGAUCUGGUACCAAUACACCAAGAUCUUCACUGGACCUCACGCGCUGAAACCACUCCUGACGGGAAUUAUAAUCGGUCUCCCGAUCGGAAUCGGUCUUCGGGUCUCAUUCCCCAAUUUCCUGUAUUCGCAAAUCAUUGGUCUUGGAGCCGCAACCUGGAUUGUUGCUAUCUUGUCCCUCUGGAACGCGAAGAUGGGCAUGCCCGGCAAGAUUGACUCUCUCGUCGAGAUGGGCCGGAUUUAUCACGCUUUCACCACGGCCUGGUCAGACCCCGAAUGGUCCCAGCAAGAACUUCAAAGCUUCUAUGAGAGGAUCUCGCUGCUUCCUGACGAUUCACGCUUCCGGGUUGAUUUCGAAGCCCACCCCGGGAUUGAGAUCAAGAACUCCUUGCUUAAUCGCCGGGAAGAAAUUCGAGUGGAAGAGGCUUUCCCAAAUGCGAUAGAUAUCAUUGGCAAGACCCUUAGGCAAUGGGAAGAGAAUGGGAUCCAAGUCGAGCUCGUACCUCAAGGUUCAUUGGGCCCUGGAAUCCGAGCAUUGGGCUGCUAUAACCAGGGUAUUCUUCAUUUGGCCAUCAGCGUCCGGGGUCUUCACGAUGAGCGGUUGGAUAUCAGCGCCAACUGCCAGAUCAUUGCCGAGACGAUGGUCCACGCCGUCGCCGAGAUGAUGAUGGGUGUUCCUCACGACUACGCUAUGCUUUCCGAGGCGAUCGUCUCUGGUGGCGUCUCUCACACCAUGGCUCGCCAACUCCGUGAAGAAGCUAAUACAUCUCUUGUCGUCCGCUGGGCCAAGAAGGAGCUCCUCCGCCAGCUUUGCCUUGGCUUUGAGCCCGAUCUGCACUGGGACAAGCUCACCAUCGAAGUUCGAACUGCUCUGCUCAGCCGAUGCCUGGGUCUUCCUUGCGACCUUUCGAUGAGCCAGCAUCAGUGGCUUCGGAUGCGACUGUGUCAAUUUGAUUCACAAAGCCUUGAUGUCCAUAUCGCCCGAUGCAACCUUGGAGCUGCCACCGCAAUCAGCAUUCUCGACUACGCUCACUACGGAACUGGAGAAGCCGCCGUGCCGAAGGAUCCCGAGACUAGCGAAUAUAUCCCCUAUGUUCCUAGAAAGUUGCCAGUCGCCAUUUCGCUCGUCAAGUCUCCUUUCAGCUACAUCUACCACAGGCUCAGCUCGGUUAUCAAGUUUGUGUUGAUUGCUUUGAUUGCCGACCCUGAAUUUCAGAGAGAGUUCGACCAUGUCAGCCAGACCCUUCCUACCUUCGUUCGUGUGCCCUCGGUUUUCCUGCUCAACAUGAUCUGGAUCUAUGCCAAGAUUAUGCAAGAUUUCGGUCUGUCCUUCUUCCUGUUCCACGGUCGCAAGAAUGUCAAGCGCCUCUGGGAAGAGACCAAGUCCAUGACUGUCCACAUCAAAAAGAGUAGAGUCAUCAUCCAGGGCAUGGACGGGACAUUCACGGCAUUCCGACAUGAGGAAACUCAUGGUGAUUUCAAGUUCUACCAAUAUGCCGGCGAACACAAGACGGAACCGAAGGAGGCCAAGGCACUCAAGUACAUCAGCAGCUACUCCAGCAGCAUGUUGCUUCUCACUCGGCAAGAAUUCAGAGACGGCAAGCUCAUCAACGAAUAUCACUACGACUACCAUGCACCAGGCAAGAAGGGCUUCAAGCUCGGCAAGUCAUCGAACAAUCGUACUCCACUGGGUCGGCGCUGUGUUCAAGGCGAGAAUCAUCUCCAGAGCAUCAUCUACAACCGCAGUGGUCUUGUUGACAGAGGUUCAUACAUGAAGGAUGGCAACUUGGUCAGCUUCAAGUAUCACUAUCGCAAGAACCCUCGCUUCGGUGAUGAGCUUCUGCGCGCUGAGUUCUCCCUGUCUCACAUUACCGCUAAUGUUUCCUGGUGUGCUCCUCCGCUUCGCCACCCUGAGAAGCACAACCGCUAUAUCCCCCACUCCAAGGUCAUGGAAGCGACCUUUGUCCAAAUUGGCAGCGCAGAUGUGUAUGAAAGCCGCUGGCUGUACGAUCACAAGUUCCACCCCACCAUCUUCACCACCAUCAAUGGAAUGAAGGUCCAGACCCCGCCGAUGAUUGAGCAUGAUUACCUUGGUGUUUUGGCCAAACCGAAAUAUACAAGCUUCCUACACGACAACCCGUUCCUGUACUGCAAGAGCCUUCGGUCGAAUAUCUUCACCCGACUGUUUGGCCUGACCAAGAAGCGCUUCGCCGUCUCGACAUCUCGAGCUCGCUCGUUGAUGUGGAAGGCGUGGAAAGACCGCACUGAUCUCGAUGGUAUCGUGGUUCGCUGGAUGGAUGAUCGCCUGCUUCGCAAAGAUAGCGUUCUUGCUCCAUACUGGCGCAGCCGUGACUGGGGCAAUCUUGGAAAUGCGAAGAAGUACGUCAAUCUCCGCGCAGAUGCUAUUAUGGCUAGCACAGACUUGGACGACAACAUUUCGAGCUGGACCCCCUUGGCUGUCAAGAUUAGUGACUUGAUGAGCUUUGGCCCUGGAGGCGACGCGGUCGUUACUACUCGAUCCAAGGACUUCGCCAAUGACACUGAGGAAACCCUUCAUGUUAUGGCAGCAGACAAUGGUACUUGGCCCAACGAGGGAGGUGGUGUCUCUGCCUGUCGACGAGACAUGAUCAACUCCCUCAGAACCAUCAAAUGGCACAUGAUUUGCGAGUCAGCCAACGACUUCGGUGUCCCCAAGCACCAGACAGAACAAAAUAUCCAGUCCUUGAAGGUUAUUCCGCUUUGGGGUCUGGAUUUCCUCACUCCCACCCACGGUCUCUUCCACAACAAGCUAGACUCGGAAGUUGACAAUGUGACAUCUGCAAGCGAGUUUGACAUCAAGAUGAACUUCAUUCCUAUCCUCACUGCUCUGGUGAAGGGCGCACGCGCCAUCCAUCUCUCCAAAGCCGAUAUUCACCGCGCAACUCGUGCCUUGGUCAACCUCAACACCUACUUCCAGGAGUCUCGACACUGGUCCCAAGUCUGGAACAGCGAAAUCGUGAAGCAGACCUGGCGCGAUCUGUGGUUGACUCCGGACAUGCCCAAUGCGAUCCCGUCACGGGACUGGCUCGACACCGAACUGCCAACUCUCUCAUCUCUCGACGUGGCUUUGGAACUGUGGUAUCGCUAUCUCUUCAUUUUCUCUAUCCCUGUCCCCGACAAGGUUCCCGGCGUUUUCCAAGCCUCCCACCACAGUGUCAGUGCAUCUUACGGCGUUGUCUGCAAGAUCAAGCGAAACUGCACGCUGCAAGUCUGGGACCACGCCAUCAGCUGGCGUGAGACCAAUCUCUGCCUUUCCUCCGCUCUUUGCAAGCUUUCCCCCUUCGUGCGAAAUGCGCUCCUGGGUCUCAUGCGCGUCACGUCUGUCCUGACUCUCCACCACGCCGACAUCAUUCUUCCUUGCGCCGACUUCUUCAAUCCCGGCUGGGAGGUCGAGAUCGGAACCUGCCAGGGCACAAUAGAGCACCGAAACACAUUCCGUCGUAAGGUCGACCCCGUCGUGAACGGUAUCACUGAUAUGCAGAAGUUCGCACCUGUCAAGGAGAUCAAAUCCGAGCGCCCGACGGUGACCAUGUUGUCUCACGUGUGGUACGCGAAGGAUAUCAAGACAGCGCUUCUGGCAGCCGACAUCAUCAUCAACCAGUGGAAGUUCGAGGACUAUCACCUCGAUAUCUACGGUGCUAUCGACAAAGCUCCGACCUAUUCUACCGAAUGCCAGGAGAUCAUUGCUUCAAAGGGUCUUCGGGGCAAGGUCACACUGCGCGGAACAGCCGAUCCGAUGAAGGUCCUCGAGAACACCUGGCUCUUCCUCAAUUCGUCUUUGUCGGAAGGUCUACCUCUGGCACUGGGUGAAGCAGCUCUGACAGGGGCCCCGGUUGUUUGCACGGAUGUGGGUGCCUCGUUGCGCGUACUCAGCGACCCCGACGACUUCUCGCGCUUCAGCGCUGUCGUCGCUCCGAACGAUGCCCAUGCACUUGCCAAGGCCCAGAUCUCCAUGCUGGCUAUGCUCGGUGAAUGGGGUAAAUACAGCGACGACAACGAGCCGGUGCCAGUCCUCACCUCCUCGCCGACCCCCGAAGAUGUCGCAGCAAUUACACGCCGCAUGUACGCGAAGAGCGAGCAGCGCCGCAAGCUGGGCAUGAUGACCCGCAAGAUUGUGCAGAAGUCUUUCAGUGGUGAUCGAUACCUGCGCGAGCACGAACAGAUGCUGUGGAUCGGCAAGUCCGUCAAAAUGAUGGCCAGCCGGGCAGCAGGCGAUGUGAUGGAGCCCGCCGACAUCGCCACAGCCGUCGGACAGACAGCCGCUGUCGAAGAAGAAGUCAUCACGAUCCCACGAAAUGCAGUACACUCGUGGCGCUCAUCCGCUGUCUCGGGAAUGUCGACUGUCUACAGCUCGGUGUCAAAUUACCCGCUGCAGAGUGGUCGAAACCGCCCCAUCUCCGACAUCUCCGCUCUCAGUCUGAGCAAUGUCUCGACCGAUGCAGAGUCUUACGCUCGACUUCCUGUCUUUGCGCCUAGGCACUCUCGACUGUCGAAUAAUGGUACCCCAGGCAGCCGUUCACCGACCGGUAUGAUGUCGCCGAACUUGAGACCUUUCGCGGCAGGCCAGCGCCGACCUCAAUCGUAUGCGCGCUCAAUGUCGACGGCCGGCAGAGAGCAGGUGCGUGGCUUGCAUCGGGAAGACUUGUUGCAAUACCGUAAUUCGGAUGUCAGCACAAUUAUGAGGGAGGACUUCCUCGUGAGAUCUGGGAUGAUCCCUAGCGGUUAA